AAGCGCGCUCCGGAACGCUGCGAGCCGACGCCGGAGGCGGGGCGGGGGCGCCGGCGGAAACGGAUGUGACGUCAGAAGCAGUGGGCGGAGGCGCAAGAUGGCGGCUGUGGUGCUAGUGGCGACGCGCUUGCUGCGGGUUUCGGGGUCUUGGGGCCCCUCGCGGCUGAGGUUUGGACCCCCAACAUACAGACAGUUUAGUAGUGGCAGCGCCUAUCCCAACAUCCCCCUGUCUUCUCCCUUACCUGGAAUGCCCAAGCCUGUUUUUGCCACAGUCGAUGGACAGGAGAAGUUUGAAACCAAAGUUACCACACUGGAUAACGGGCUUCGCGUGGCCUCUCAAAAUAAAUUUGGACAGUUCUGUACAGUAGGAAUUCUUAUUAAUUCAGGAUCAAGAUAUGAAGCCAAAUAUCCUAGUGGAAUCGCCCACUUUUUGGAAAAAUUGGCAUUUUCGUCUACUGCACGAUUUGACAGCAAGGAUGACAUUCUGCUUACCUUGGAAAAGCAUGGGGGUAUUUGUGAUUGCCAGACGUCAAGAGACACCACCAUGUAUGCUGUGUCUGCUGAUAGCAAAGGCUUGGACAUGGUGGUUGGCUUGCUGGCUGAUGUGGUCCUGCAGCCCCGGCUAACAGAUGAAGAGAUUGAGAUGACGCGGAUGGCAGUGCAGUUUGAGCUGGAGGACCUGAACAUGCGGCCUGACCCCGAGCCGCUCCUCACCGAGAUGAUCCAUGAAGCAGCUUACAGGGAGAACACCGUUGGCCUCCACCGUUUCUGCCCCGCAGAAAACAUAGCAAAGAUUGGCCGACAAGUGCUUUAUUCUUACCUAAGAAACUACUACACGCCGGACCGCAUGGUGUUGGCUGGAGUGGGCGUUGAGCACGAGCACCUGGUGGAUUGUGCCAGGAAGUACCUCCUGAGAGUCCAGCCAGCCUGGGGGGGUGCGCCUGCUGUGGACAUCGACAGAUCUGUAGCACAGUAUACAGGGGGGAUGGUCAAGCUGGAAAGAGAUAUGUCCAAUGUCAGCCUGGGCCCCACCCCAAUCCCUGAGCUCACACACAUUAUGGUGGGACUUGAGAGCUGUUCCUUCUUGGAGGAAGAUUUCAUCCCCUUCGCCGUGUUGAACAUGAUGAUGGGGGGAGGCGGCUCCUUCUCGGCCGGGGGCCCCGGCAAAGGCAUGUUCUCCAGACUGUACCUCAACGUGCUGAACAGGCACCACUGGAUGUAUAACGCCACCUCCUACCACCACAGCUAUGAAGACACUGGCCUCCUAUGCAUCCAUGCCAGUGCUGACCCGCGGCAGGUUCGAGAAAUGGUAGAAAUCAUCACAAAGGAGUUCAUUUUAAUGGGCGGGUCAGUAGAUGUGGUGGAGCUGGAGCGAGCCAAGACACAACUGAUGUCCAUGCUCAUGAUGAACCUGGAGUCCAGACCCGUCAUCUUUGAGGACGUGGGGAGGCAGGUGCUGGCCACACACUCCAGGAAGCUGCCCCACGAGCUGUGCGCACUCAUCCGCAACGUGAGGUCAGAAGACAUCAAGAGAGUUGCUUCAAAAAUGCUCCGGGGGAAACCUGCAGUGGCUGCUUUGGGUGAUCUGACUGACCUGCCAACUUAUGAGCAUAUCCAGGCAGCACUGUCCAGCAAGGAAGGGCGCCUGCCCAGGACAUACCGGCUCUUCCGGUAGGGUCCCCCCAAGGUGUGGCCAGGCCUAGGGGUUGUGGACAGAGCGUCCUCUGCACGUGCUCCUUUGGGUGCGUGUCUAGAGCCAAGGUGUGGACAUGGGGCUUCCCUUAAACCUGAGGGAGCAACUGGACAUCGGCAGGCCCCUGCUCAGUCCUCAUUCCUUCAGAACUGAGUGUGAAGGAGUGGAGUGAGUGAGCACCUUCACUGCUCCAUGUAGAGACAGGAGAAGCACCUGCCACGACCAGCCAGGGUCAGCGUGUCCCCCUGAGUUGGGACUUCUCGGUGCAUGGGGCUGCUGUGAGUUCCUUGAGACUCUGCUGCUGAGCUGGGAUGCACCAUCGGUGGGUGCCGCAGGUGCCACGGGUGCCUGGCUGCUGUGUUCUGUGAUGGACUCAGCUCUGCAGGCUGGACUAGAUAAGAGUGCAGCCUGCCUUGUAGAGCCCAGCCCACAGCGAGCACAGCAUUGUCACUGGUAAUAAAUUGGUGAACUCUCUCUUA